AUGACCUCUCCGUCGAUGCACUCGCUGCCGGCAGAGCUCAUCGAGAGCGUCCUCAUCUCUGCAGCAGCAGGCGGGUUCCCCCAAGCAAUAGCCGCAUUCGCACAGACAUGCAAAGCACAUCACGCCCUCGUGUACAACGCGAACGACAACCACCUCUGGCGCGAGAUAUUCCUGACCACAUUCGACGACCCGCGCGCGUCUGGCGGAGGGCCCGGCUGGACACAGUGCACAUCCCAGGCGCACCGCAAGGAAGAAGCGUAUGACUGGGGCGGAGAGUUCAGGCGUCGCCUGUGGGCGGCCGACUGCAUCAGACGACAGACGGACCCAGCGAUCAAGUCUGCCGCGGAGCCUCUCACGGAACUCGAGCAGACGCUGCAGAACACGCGCGCGCUCGAGACGAUCCUCUCCGUCGUCUCCUCCGCCCUGCCCUGUCCCCCGACGCUCGUCUUCUCCUUCCUUGACUGCGCAGAGGCGCACGCGGGCGCGCCGACGACCCCCAGCGCGAGCUACCCCACCUUCCCGCCCCUCCCGCACGCCAUCGGCGCGCCCAACUCGACGGACACGCGCGGGCGCACCUUCGGCCACUCGCUCCGCGCGAACAACACCGCCUGGCUCGAGUCCGUCCUCUCCAAGGGCCUGCCCCCCGAAAUCACCGCGACCUUUUCAGGCGACAAGUGGUACGGCGGCCUCGCCGGCCAGUUCCUCGACGAGCCCGAGUUCCGCGAGCUGCAGGCCGCGGGGCACAUCAUCGCCUGCACCGGCUUCCUCCCCAUCCCCCAGCCCCCCUCCUCCUCCUCUGCCGCGGGCUCCCCCUCCUCGGGCUCCCCACCCGCGCAGCAGGAGCCGACGAUCGACCUUUCGGCCCAGGUCGCGAGCGAGCGCGCGUUCUCCCCGCCCACGCGCCAUGCGGGCCCGGACAGCGCGGGGCCGUACAUGAGCGUGGAGAACCAGCUCAAGCGCGCGCGCCGUCUUGCGCGCAUGCGCGUCUACAAUAUGCGCUACCUCGCGCGCGACCGCCAUUGGGGCCCCUACCUCCCCGCGUCGGAGCCCGCGCAGGCGCGCGCGAAGGGCAGGGAGCCGCGUGCGCCGCGCGCGACGGCGGACGACGACGAGCUGCUACAGCCGAUAUUGGCGAUGUUCCGGGUCACGCCGAUUUAUGCGCACGCGCAUCAUGGCCAUGCUCAUGACCACGAGGACGAGGACGAGGAGGAGGAAGACAACGAAUCCGAAUUUGAAGGCGAGGACGAAGACGAGGGCGCGGAUAUGGAAGAGCCCGCGGACGCCGCCGAGGACGAGCUCGCAGCGGAGGACGAAGACGCGGAGGGGGACGAGGGAUCCAUGGGGGACGAGGGAUCCGUGUCGGGCGGUGGGUCGGAGCCGCCAGCGGGCAAGGCGGACCUGCCGGAGGGCCCACCAUCGUCGGCGCAGCUGCGCACGGACUGGGCGUACCUUGCGGGUGUGCGCGUCGUCGUCGAGGCGAACCUGAGGGAGUCGUUCCAGGCACAGGAUCUCCGUGGGUUGUUUUCGCUGGACGGACUGAGGAGCGCGAGCGCGCCGUAUGACUGGACGGCGUACCGGCCGCCGUCGCCUGUAGAGAGCAAGGACGGGAAGGGGAAGGGGAGGGAUUAUGGGGAAGUCGAGGGGUGGGACUGGGCAGGGGUAACCGGGGUUUGGAAGCGUUGUGUGUGUUGGAUGGACUAUCGCGAUCUCAUUCUGCACAACCUCUCGGGCGAGUUCGAGGACCCGCACCUGCAAGAGGCCGUGCGGAUCAUCUCGAUGCGCCUCCGCAUCAAGUCCUACUCCAAGUCCGAGGUCCGCGAGUACGCCCACCUCCCGACGAUCCACGUCGUCGGCGAGACGACGGGCGCGUCGCUGCACGGGCAGCCCCGCAGGAUGCGCGGCACGGUCUCCGUCAUCGCGGACGGGAGCGUGCGCUGGACGCUGUACUCGACGGUCGAGGGCGGCGACAUGGACGAGUGGGUGUCGGAGGGCAUCCAGGUCGGCGGCGUCGCCUCUGCGAUGGGCGUCCUCGGGAUGUGGACUGGGGCGCAGCAUGAGCGCAUGGACCCCCUCGGUCCGUGCUGGGCUUGGAAAGUCGGUUGAACGGCACAAGGGCUGGCCUCGGGUUCGGUUUUGGCUCUUUUGGUGCGUUUGCGCUUGGGAU